UUUUGUCUUGUCAUUUAAUUCCAAUAAUCCAUGCAGAAUUAUGGAUGAAAGCGACACUGAUUGUCUACUUGGUCAUGUUCAACAUCUUAUUGACUCCGAGUUAACAAAGAUGAGUGCAGAGAGCAUGAGAAAAGCAUCCUCAAGAUGCUAUGGCGAAGGGAGUCAGCAAUCCAGCUCCGAGAGGGAAGUAGAACAUGCAGGAAAAAUGAAUCUUGUACAGCUGCCCGACCUAAUAUUACGACAGAUCUUUCGUUGUGUUUCCUACUCAUACAUCAGUGAAUUGAGAUUGGUCUGUAGACAUUUCAACAGGGUAUGUCAAGACAUGCUCAACCAUGGGAGUAGACAACUUGAACGCUAUCAUUCUAAAUGCUUCAAGCAUCUGAAGUCUCAACUGCCAAAGCGGGAGUCUGAGCGGAGAGAGCACCCUCUGGCCAGACGCUGUGAAAUUCUGUCGGCUGUAGAGACUCGACUCUCCCUUCUGUCCAUGACAUACAGCAAGUACAUUGACCUGCAACUGUGUUGUUUUAUCCCAGGAAAGGUUAUUGAUGAGGCAUUCACAGUACUUUAUCACGUCCAACACACCAAGACUCUGCAACCGAUGUCCGAACUUCUCAGGGAGCUAAGAGAUAUCUCGUCAAUGGCCAUUGAACAUUUUGAUGAGGAGAUUGUACCCACCCUUAAAAAGAAACGAUCGCUUCAAGUGCCGCCCUGUUUCUCAAGUGAUGUUCUUCCAACAAACACCAUCUUCAAACAGAUGAUGGAACUGAAGUCUGGCCUGAAGAAGCGAGACUCCUUAAUUGCUUCAGUUAACAGGAAGGUGAGCACCUGCCUCGCCCACCGUAAGCUCAUCUCAGAGCAGGGUCAGAAGAUCCUGCAACAGGAGCAAGUUAUUAUGGAACUCAGGAACACGAUCACCGAGCAGGGCCACAGUAUUACCGGUCAAGAGCGACGGCUGGCUCUAUUUGAAGAGAAGCUGAACAGAUAUACCAUGACCUUUGACCUAACACAGGAGUUGACCGUAGGUGGUUGUACUGGGAAACGAAAAUCUGUAAUGGAGGACGUCAAUGAAGAAGAGGAUGAAGGCGCAUCCAAAAAAGCCAGGAACAUAUGAUGAUGAUAUUUUUGCUAAUACAUAUAGCAUGUAUAGGGUUGCACUCAUCUAUCAUUGUACAUGUACAUACAUGUAGUUACCAAAGAUUAAAUGGAUGUAUGAUAUAUAUUUGGUUUGCGG